CAGAUUUCACAUAUAGGAAUAUAUAUUUUCUCGGUACAAUUUUUUUCCUUGUAACAGUAGACCUGAGAAUGAAAAGAUAAAGGGCGGAAGCUGUAGAUGGUGGUGGGGGUACAUGUGUGAAACAGAAGCAAAUGGGAUAAUGUUUGAACUCCUGGACCAGUUGUUGAGGGGGUGGGAUGUGUGUGUCCUGCCCUCUUACCAGGAAUCCAGGCUCUUGCUCUCUGGCUCUCCUCAGCCCAGGUUUUCUACUCACACUUGUGUAUGUGUGUGUGUUGGGGGGGAGAUAAGGCAAAAUGACAGCUGUGCGAGACCAUGAUUUUUUUUACUCCAUUAUCCUGCUUCCCGCUUCCACCCCCGCGCCCCAGAGCAUUUUUUAGAUUCCCCUUUGGAGCCUGUUGCUUAAUCAGCUACAAGGGCUACUGCCUCGUUGUGUGAGAAUCCCUUCUUAACCUGGCUCCUGCCUGUCCCAGAAGGGUGGGUCCGAGUUUAGGUUUGGGACUGUGGUGUUGCAGAGCACUCCCUGCUGUGUCCCAGUGCGGCGCAGACCCCCCGGGACCUCUUGCCCAGUCUCUGCUCGGCUGUGCUCACCCCAGCUGGGAAUUGGACUCAGGUGGAGGUGUUUGGGGUUCCCAGGCCUGGGUAAACACUCCAUGAAGGAAGGAGGAUCGAGAGCUGUCUUCUUGACAGUGGUGUGACGGGUUCCCGGGGACACAGACCUUUGAUCGUUUAUUGGAGUAGGAGUGUCAGCAAGUCAGAUGUAUGUUAAUGUGGUUAUACAGAACAGCAGGCAGCGGAUAAAAACCAUGACUGUUUGCUGUGCCCUCACCCAGGUACGCCUGCCUCCUGGUUCAGUUCCCAAGGCUCUGCCUACAUUCCUGGUAGUAAGAAAGUCAGAAAUAGCCACAGGGUUUUGUAGACUUUAGAUGCCCAGAAACCCACAUGCAUAAGCAAAUGCAAGGUGAGGGGACUCCACCUCUGAGUGUUUUGUGUGUGGUUUCUGGUGACUGGAGCUCUGCUUUCAGGGUUCACAAUGUCCCCUGAAUGCCUUGAUAGGAUUAUUUCCCUGUACAUCUCCGCUGCCCGUCCAUUCUUCUUUCUGUAAACCCAUCUCCUGGGGCAGAAGAAGGAGCUCUGGGUUUAUAGUAUGCUCAGAAUCCUGUGGCUGGGAUUAUUUUUUUGUACUUCUGCCUCACAAGGCCAUCUCUCCUGUAUUUCCUUCAGUGAUGCUUCCUUCCCACCAAGCUCCAGCAAGGGAAAGUUCCUUGCUCCCACUUGUGAAAACAUGAAUCAUUCCUCACCUUUCCUGUCCCCAACAGGCUCUGUGUCUGCAUUUUGUACGCUAAUAAUGUGGCAUUGCAUAAAUUAGGACUGUGGCAAAUCCCUCUAAAAGGAGACACAUUGUCUGUCUCAGGAAGAGAUGUGGUUCCUAGAAUAAGUUGGUGGCCAUAGAAGAGGCAAGGGAAAGGGGGCUGUUAAGAUGGGAACUGCUUGAGCUGUGUUGGGCCAAGGUCUUUGCAGCAGAAGUUGAGGUUGGCAAAGAGAACAAAACUCUGUGGUUGUGGUUCUUCCACCUAGUUGGUUUUCUGUGGAAGGUGAAUAGGCUGAGCCUGGGCAUGUUGAUGGGGUAUAUCAGGUCAAAGGGUUAGCUAAUCAUCUCAAGUAAAGGGAUGAGGAAAGGCCUGAACUGCUCAAAGCACAAGGUAGGCAGGAGAGUUGGAGAGGCUCAGGUAGACCAAAGGAGGUGGUGAUCACAUCAGCAGAAGUGUAUGGAGAUGAGCAAGGGGUGUUCCUAGGCAGGGUUCAGUUCAGCCAGACGUCUCCUCCCUGUCCCCUGUCCUGGGCCCCACCUAGGAGAAAUGGAGUCGCUUUCUCCUGGCAGUCUGUCUGUCCCUCACAGCCCUUGGGUCCUGUGCUUCACCACCACCACCGAGGUGUUGGAGUAGGGCUGGGUCAGAGGGAAACUCCUCACAGGGUUUAUUAUGCCUGACACUUCUGUGUCUCACAAGGUACUUGUGUCCCAGUGCCAGGCACUGUAAGGUACAAGAAGCAGUACUUCUUGGCAGUAGUGUGGCAUGAUCACACAAUGAAACCUUCUUAGAAGGGCUUUCCUGAACCCCUUCCUAGUCUCUGAGCAAAAAGGUGGGGAAGAGGUUCAAUCAUGCUUCACUCUAAUAGUGGGAACAUGGGAAAAACAUGCUUGAGGGUGUUUUGUUCCUGCAGUGUUUCUUGCUCAUGUUAUCCCUGGAAGUUCAGGAGAUCAGGAGAGGUGAUAGAAGCCAUGUAAAAAGUGAAGUAUUUAAAGAUUUAAAACUACUCAGCCUCUGGGUGAAGUGGGGAGGUCUCUUCUGCAGUGUUACAUGAUUCACUUCCUGUUUCUGCUCUGACACUGCUCUUUCUGUGCCUCUUUUCUUAGCACGACUGAACCAUGGAGCUUCGAGUGGGAAACAAAUAUCGGCUGGGCAGAAAGAUUGGCAGUGGUUCGUUUGGAGACAUUUACCUAGGAGCCAAUAUUGCGACUGGUGAAGAGGUGGCCAUCAAACUGGAAUGUGUCAAAACCAAGCAUCCCCAGCUUCACAUUGAAAGCAAGUUCUACAAGAUGAUGCAGGGAGGAGUGGGUAUUCCCUCCAUUAAGUGGUGUGGAGCAGAGGGGGACUACAAUGUGAUGGUGAUGGAACUCUUGGGGCCCAGCCUGGAAGAUCUCUUCAACUUCUGUUCCCGCAAAUUUAGUCUCAAGACAGUUCUGCUGCUGGCAGACCAGAUGAUCAGCCGUAUUGAGUACAUUCAUUCCAAGAACUUCAUCCAUCGGGAUGUGAAGCCAGACAACUUCCUUAUGGGCCUUGGCAAAAAGGGCAACCUAGUAUACAUCAUUGAUUUUGGUUUGGCCAAGAAGUACCGGGAUGCCCGGACCCACCAGCACAUCCCUUAUCGGGAAAACAAGAACCUGACUGGCACAGCCCGCUAUGCCUCUAUCAACACCCACCUGGGAAUUGAACAAAGUCGCCGUGAUGACCUGGAGAGCCUGGGGUAUGUGCUCAUGUAUUUCAACCUGGGCUCGCUGCCCUGGCAGGGCCUCAAGGCUGCCACCAAGCGCCAAAAGUACGAGAGGAUCAGCGAGAAAAAGAUGUCAACGCCCAUCGAGGUGCUCUGCAAAGGGUACCCUUCUGAGUUCUCGACAUACCUCAACUUCUGCCGUUCGCUGAGGUUUGAUGAUAAACCUGACUACUCGUACCUGCGGCAGCUCUUCCGCAACCUCUUCCACCGCCAAGGCUUCUCCUAUGACUACGUCUUUGACUGGAACAUGCUUAAAUUUGGAGCAGCCCGGAACCCUGAGGAUAUGGAUCGGGAGCGGCGAGAGCACGAGCGGGAGGAGAGGAUGGGGCAGCUCCGAGGGUCAGCCACACGAGCGCUGCCCCCUGGCCCACCUGCCGGAGCCACUGCCAACCGUCUCCGCAAUGUCACCGAGCCCAUGGCCUCCACCCCCACCUCCCGAAUCCAGCAGUCCGGCAACACGUCCCCCAGAGCAAUCUCAAGAGUGGACAGGGAGCGGAAGGUCAGCAUGAGGUUACACCGAGGAGCUCCUGCCAACGUCUCCUCAUCUGACCUCACAGGGCGGCAAGAAGUGUCACGGAUUUCAGCAUCACAGACAAGUGUGCCAUUUGAUCACCUUGGGAAGUGAGGAGCAAUUGCCACUGGACCAGUGUUUGCUUAGUGUCUUCACUGUAUUUUUCUUUUAAAAAACAAAAAACUCAAAAAACAAACAAAAACCU